AUGGCAGACGUUGCAACCCCAUCUGGCGCGGCCAUGUUUGACGGCGGUGCGCAAGACAAGAAGGAGAAGAAGGUGGUUGAGAAACCCGAGAAGCCCGAUGAGGAGGCAUACAAAGCGGCUCUCAAGAAGGCAGAGAAGGAACAUUCUACGUCUAUGGACAAGUUCAAUGCGAUCAAGGGGCAACUUGACUCUGCGAAACUUUCGAAAGACUCUCCAGCCGGUAAGCGGAAAUCGGAGCUGAUCGCACAAUUGAAAGAGAUCCGGGAAAAGCAAGGCGCUGGUAAAGCUGGUCGCAACAAGGUCUUUGACGAGAUUAAGAAUGAAGACAACAAGUUGAAGGACCUGAUCGCUGCUCAAAAGGUGGCCCGCAGCCGAGUUUCUUUUAAGAAUGUUGAGGAAAUCGACAAGGAGAUUGACCGGUUGGACAAGCAGGUUAAUAGCGGUAUGAUGAAGCUGGUCGAUGAGAAAAAGGCAUUGGCCGAGAUCUCGAACCUACGAAAGCAACGAAAAGGCUUUGCCGGCUUUGACGAAUCUCAGAAGCAGAUUGAUGAGAAGAAGGCCAAACUGAAGACCCUCAGAGACACUUUGGAUGACCCCGAGUCGAAAGCACUCUCCGAACGAUACAACAAGAUCCAAGGCGAGUUGGACACCAUUAAGGCAGAGCAAGACAAGGCUCAUGCAAGUCUCGACUCACUUUACGACCAAAAGAAGAAGCUCCAAGCCGAGCAACAGGAGAAGUACAAUGCUAUCAAGAAAAUCAAGGACGACUACUACCAGCAGGGCCGAGCCGUUCAGAAGUACGAAUUCGAAGCCCGACAACGUGCAAGAGAGCGAAAGAAGGCGGAGCAAGAGAGUUACCAGAAGGAGAAGCGGAUGGCGAGAGCUAAGGAAAUGCUGGAAGCAGCCAGCGACAAGGCUUACCUGGACGAGAUCCGCCGUGCUGAGUCACUCCUUCGAUUCUUGGAUCCCUCCUACAGCGCAGAGAAAGCACCUCUCCAAGCACCAUCCCAAUUCCAAGCCACAGCUCAACGUAAAGUCGAUGAUUCUGCCCUCAAGGGAAUGAAGGUGGUCAAGAAGGAGGAAGAAGACUACUUUGCAGGUACUGGCGGAAAGAAAGGCAAGAAGAACAAGAAAGCCGCCGCCUCCACAACCGAGACCCCUGCACCAGCUGGCAAAUACAGCUGCCCACCAUCCGUUAUGGAAGACUGUUCCGCAAUGGGCAUUGAUCCACCCAUGAGCGCAUCCGACAUCCCGGCUGUUCGUGAGAAGGUAAUGGCGAAGCUGAAACACUGGAAGGAGGACCAGAAUGCUCAAACCGAAAAGAAUAUUGCCAAAGCGAAACUUGAAGUCGAGCGCCUGGAAGCCGAGGAGUCUUCUUCUGUCCCAGGUACACCAACCACUUCUGCACCUAACGGACACGGUGAGACAAAGGCCACUGCCUCAGUCGACGAAGGUGGUUCUGUAGCUAACGAAGUGGAGCUUGUUAAGGCUGCCGCUUCAGACGUCGUCGCUGGCCUCAAGGGCGCUUCCUUGGAAGACAAAGACGAAUAA